ACAACAUUUUCAUCAUUAUCUGUCCCUGUCUUUCUUGUCUUGCAUUUAGCGAUUGUUGGUUUACAAGAGUCAGGCCUUUCUGUGUUCGGUUGCAUUCCAAAGUUUUGGUGUCCACAUAAGGGUCGUAACGGGAUGCCCCUUGGUUAUUGUCACAUGCAGAGACAUUUUCUUCGAUAAUUCUAGCUAUGAGGCUACCACGGCGCUUCACAAGAAUUCCAAGUGAAGACCCGAUGACGACACAAGAGAUCACACUAUCAGCGUAUCCAUCCCAAGCCAUGGGAGACGCUAAAAGCGACAUUACCAGCAAUGUGCAUCCCGCGAACACAGAUACAGCAUAUGCAGCAGGAGCAUGGAAUACCGCCGGUUACACUGUCUCGCAUCGCAAAACUCUCGUUGAGCGGUUCGAAGAGCACGAGCACCGGCGUUUUGACACACGCUUGUUUAGUUCCUUCUACGACACGUUUGUUGCUGGUUGGCGUGCAGGCCUCCUACGCGCCUUCGUCUUUAGCCUGGUGGCACUUAUUGUCAAUGCCGCAGUCUAUGCAUGGCUGUUCGAUAGAUACAGCACAUAUAGGGGUACCGCAACAGUCAUGACCGGAGAGUGCGGUAUGGUACAGAACGCUAACACUGGAAUUCAUGCGGCGCUGAACGUGCUAUCAACAUUGGUUCUUGGCGCUUCCACAUACGGUAUGCAAGGUAUGACUGCACCGACAAGGAAGGAAGUCGACACUGCGCAUACAAAAGGCAAGUGGGUCGAGAUAGGGACAUCGAGCGUAAGAAAUUUGUUCCAUGUGCGCAGAAGGAAUGCAUGGAUUUGGGGAAUACUGGUUCUGACAAGCCUGCCUUUCCAUCUCUUCUUCAACGCCGUGUUCUUCACAACAAGCCAAGCAAAUCAGUACGCCGUAGCUGUAAUCGAUCAAAGCUACAUUGAGAAAACAAACUUUCGACCUUCGCCAGAAAACGUAUCACCCGACCUUUUCGAGCAGUGGGUCUAUUCAAAAGAAGAAUGCGACGGCAAAGUGUGUCCAUUCGAUGUCCGUAACGUGUCUGCGGUAGUUGAGCUCCUGCAGGAUGUUCGCAGUGUUUCCAGGAACGCGGAAUUUGUACGUAUGGAUCCCCGGGAGUGCAUUCAAAACUACUCUUCCGGGUUUUUGAGGGGCCACAGUGAUGUUGUCGCAGUCUCUUCUCGCCCAGAUGCCGACUCCCCUAUUCUGUGGACUCGAUAUCCACAGCGUUCCAUCACUCUCGACAAAGUCCACACGAACCAAGACCCCUUCCAUUGGAUCUGUUAUGAUCUCCUAGCCGUCAACAACACUAGUCAAGAUCGUUGUAGCCUAAAAAUGGCCAUAGAUGGCUCCGACUCCGGCAGAAAGUGGUCGGUGUUCGGUAAUCCCAUUAGCCACUGCUUUGCACGGAUCUCUCCAGAUGUUUGCCAAUUGCAGUUCAACGCGUGGCUCAUGUUAGCUGUCGUGGUUUUCGGUGUUAUCAAAGUCCUCACAUUGUGCUACUUAGUCUUCUGGCGCCCAGCCGACCGCUUCCUCCGCACACUGGGUGAUGCCAUCGCCUCAUUCUUGGAGGAAGAGGACCCAACUACCAAGAACAUGUGCCUGGUCUCUUCGAAGCAGGUGCGUAAGCAUGGUUUCAAAACACCCUACGAACCACAAAUCUUCACUGGGAGUCGUCCGCGCUGGCUCAAUGGUGCGAACACGACGGAAUUCUGCACCACUAUCGGUAUUUCAGUAUUUUAUAUCCUGGUUCUCUCAAUAGCAUUAUCAUUCGCCAUCGAUGGCGCCAAAGGCUUCGCAUUUACCAACGGUCUCGGCGUUCCAGAUAUACAGUCCCUCGCCUCGUUUAAAGGUGACGAUACCGGCUCUUCAGGCAUCGUGCCCACGCUCCUCAUCGCCAAUAUCCCGCAACUUGGUUUCUCGCUCCUAUAUGUUGUAUAUACAAACAUAUGGAGCAAGUUACUUGUCGCACAAGAGUUUGAUCGCUUAACACAAGUCAAGAAAGGACUGCGAGUCAGUGAGCGACCUCGUGGUAUGCAGCGCAAUAGUCAAAUCUUCACGCUGCCCGUACGAUAUGCGGUUCCGCUCAUGGGAUGUAGUGCCAUGCUUCACUGGCUCUGCUCUCAGAGCUUCUUCAUGGUGCGCAUUGAUGGCGUAAACGCGCACAGGGAGAUUGACCCCAAUGAUCAGCUUGUCAGACUUGGGUAUAGCGCCAAGGGCGUGGUGUCGCUGAUAGCGGUUAGCCUGGUCAUGAUGGUCGUCACUGUUUGUGUAAGUGUGUUCCGGAGGCUGAGGACGGAACUUGGGGAGACAAGCAUGAGUGUUGUCAUCAGCGCAGCUUGUCAUACGAAGCGAUACGAAACUGAGCCGUGGUUACAGGAGGUUCAAUGGGGUGAUGUCAGUGAGGGCGUAGAGGAACAGAAUGUUAGACAUUGCGCCUUCACUGCCCGGCUAGCGGAGCAACCUAUCUUAGGUCAAGCAUAUCGAUAAGAGAAAACCGCAAAAGGUUGGGUAAAGAAGUUUAAAGUCAUCCCUGUGACAUGGGUUGAGUCACGAAAACUCACAGGCUUAUUUGGGGAGCUGAUAUCAAGAUAGUAAAGUUUACACAAUGCAAGGUUAGCGCAUAGAUGUUUGAUAUACAACUAUGUGCGCUUAUUUAGAUGUUGAGGUAUGAAAUAAAGCAUAAUCAUCGUUUGCAACAUCCAUCAUAGUUCGUGUGCAGGUUUAUUAGCAAUCAAUUAGACUCUUCAAUUCU